GUUCGCAAUGAUCAAGUUGCUUUUGACCAUUGUAUGCUGCGUAGCGGCUGUUAACAGUGCAAAAAUUAUAGGAAUUUUUAUGACACCUAGUUACAGUCAUCAAGUUGUGUUUCAACCAAUAUGGAAGGAGUUAUCCUUACAAGGACAUGAUGUUACAGUGAUAACUACGAACCCGCUCAACGAUCCAACUUUAGUAAACCUGACGGAAAUCGAUAUUGGUGAUUUUAGUUACGCCGAGUGGAAAAAAAGUUCCUUACUAACAUUAGGAUUAAGACCUCACAGCGUGACUGAAGAACUCCAGGAAAUUUCAAAAGCCUACAUGAAUUUAUCGCACGUGCAACUAUCACACCCAAUAUUCCAGGAGAUAAUCAAAAAUCAAAGUAAGCACCACUACGACCUCUUUUUGGUGGAGUAUCUUUGGCCGAGCAUGUACCCAUUCAAAGACAUCUUCAACUGUCCCAUGGUUGGAAUUCUCUCAUUGCCAAUGGUGAGCAGUUCUUACUCUUAUAUGGGUAUGCCUCAUCAUCCAGUUUUAGACCCCGAUAUGAUUCUACCUUUUGCCACGGAUUUAAGUUUCCAAGAAAGAAUUGGUAGUGUGGCAUUUAACCUUGUAUUUAAACUCGCCGGUGCUAUUCAGUUGGCCCCCAAAAUCAACGCUCUCAACAGAAAAUAUUUCGGGGAACAUGUCAGGCCUUACAGGGAUAUCGCCAAGGAAGUUAGUUUGGUUAUUGUGAACAGCAACAUGGUUAAUGCCAAUAUCAAACCAUUGAUACCACAAGUCAUUGAGAUUUCCGGAAUACACAUCAAACCAAAAAAGCCAUUGCCAAAAGAUUUGAAAGCAAGUUUGGAUAACGCUCAGCAAGGAGUCAUAUAUUUCUCCCUUGGAACCAACAUGAAAAGCAACUCUCUCCCCAAAGAAAAGACGAAGUUAUUCUUGGAUGCUUUCGCUGAACUUCCCUAUAAAGUAAUCUGGAAGUUCGAAACAGACGAUAUUUCCGACCUUCCCAAAAACGUGGAAGUUUGGAAAUGGCUACCCCAACAAGACCUCUUGGGGCACAAAAACAUUAAACUUUUUAUAACACAAGCUGGAAUUCAAUCGAUCGAUGAAUCAAUGUACAAUAAAGUCCCGUUAUUGGCCAUCCCAUUCUUCGCCGACCAGAGGUUUAACGCCGACAAAGUAACCAAAAACGGCGGAGGUUUGUCUCUUGAUUACCACUCAUUUACGAAAGAAGAAUUAAAAGAAAAAAUCCUUACAAUCAUCGAGGAUAAAAAAUAUAAGAAGCGAGUGGAAAAAUUGGCAGCAAUCGCCUUUGAUCAUUCAGUUUCACCAUUAGAAAAAGCAGUGUGGCAUGUUAAUUAUGUUUUAAGGCAUGACGGUGCCGGUCACCUCAGAUACAAGGGUUUAGAUAUUCCAACAUAUCAAUACUUCAUGCUUGAUGUUAUAGCUGUGUUCUUGAUUGUUAUUUUAUUUGUGUUUUUGACUCUUCUUAAGAUUAGCCAGUUUGCUAUCAGAAAAUUAAAAAAAUUGUAUUCGGCAUAUGAUGCUAUGUUUUUUGGCAAAAGCAAAACGCUGUAAAUAAUUGUAUUAAUGUUUUGUUUGGAUAUUCUAAACGUACAAGAGAGAUCUUAUUGUGAUGACUUAGGCUAGGUUUUAUACUGUGUUAUAAAAUUAUAAUACAAAAAAUUAUAUUUUAAUUUGUUUGUUUUAAUCAAUCUUUUACCCAUUU